AUCAACUGUUUGGACAGGUCAGGAAUUUUCGCUUUGGCCGCUGCGAAGGAGGAGUCGAUUACACUAUGAAACGGCUUAGGCGACAACAAUGUCAGGCUAACAUUGCCGGUGUAAUGGGAAGUACCUCCUCAGUGGUGUCUGUAUCGUCUGAUUGCUUUGUGGCGAGAGCUGCCCGUGGAAUUUAAUUGUCCGAGCUGAACCGAUGCUAGCGACCACUACACGCAACGUCAAGAGUAGCGCAUCGUGAUGAGAACCAACUACAAAUUUGCGUAGCCAUAUCGCCAGUUUAUUCUUACUUUUCAGCCCAGUAUCGUGUAGUUUGUUCUUGAGCUUUCUCAGUCUGAUUUACCCUGUUCGCUGGUAGCAUGAGCACCAGAAGUGCCUAUCGCACCAGCUCUUCACGUGCUCAGCAGCAGAAGCAGCAGCAGCAACGGCAGGCAGACGAGAGCAUACAUGAACUGAACGUAUCCAGGACCCGAGUGAAAUCCGCAUUCGGCAGACUGAACACGCCGCCUCGUGAGCAGGUUCUGCCGGAGUUCCGCAGUGUACGCCGCGCUCAGUCGGCCAACUCCACGCGUAGUACGACAGGAAGUCUGUCGUUCAGCAAGCAACAGCCAAGCACGCACCAAGAGCCCUCUCAGACCAUGUACGGUCACCACUACGAUGGAUCUUUCUCACCCAGGGCACCGCUACGACCACACUCACCAACGCGCCGCAAUAACCCACAUCCUGCAAAGAGUUUUAUGGCAUGGCGAGUGCCGAGUAAUCCUGAAAAGACGCAAGACAGCGAGUUGCUACAGGAGACGACAAAGCUGCUGCGCCGCGACUCACAGGAGCGCUUCUACCAGGACUACCGCGGCGAAGGCCGGUCUCCAGCUACACAGGACGCCAUACUCACACGUCUGGCCAACGCGCCACCGCCCAUGCCCGACACCAGCUCGUCCAUAUACGGCAAGCAUGACGCAUCCUGCUUCAGCUCGCGGCGUCCUUCGCUCGAUGGGAUUCCGGGCGGAACACGAGGGCAAGCCAGCCGAUCACGACACUUAUCCCCGACAGGCACAAGUACCGGCAUGCCGCAUCAUCACGGCAGAUCUCUGAGCGAAACUGAUGCUCAGCCGGGGAAAAUGUCGCUGAAACAGCCCGUGAAUAACAGACAUCGCACGGCAACCGAGCCAGUGCAGCACACGGUCUGGAAGGAGCCCGAGAUCUGGCAUCACAGGUCUGUGCGUGAUCACACGCCGCAAGUCAUACACCGCACAUCGGUGUUCGCUGCCCCCAAGACAGGCCGUGGAACUCACUUUACCAUUCACCCAGAGUGGCCUGACCUUGACUAACACAGACCAGGUGUACUGGCAUUGCCAUGCACAUGGACUACUUUGAAGCAGUAAGAGUACGUUAGAUUGCUGUGCAGUCUCUUGCACCACGUACAUGUUCUCUGUCAUGUGCUUUCCAUUAGGGAGUAGUAAAAUACUGGUAUUUUACUACUCCUGCUUUGUACGGCACCGCCUGCAUGAUUGGAGCAGGAUUGCCCGAGUGUGCAUUCCAUGAAUGCAAUGGUAUGUGUAUGUGGCAGUGUACAUACUAGCGUGAAGCGGUGCUUUGUUGACUGAAGACUGAAGAGCAAUGUUUGCGUGCAGCGCAGCGCAUGUACACGCACACAACAAUAAUAUCUUCCAUUCAGUUUGCUCCCCGUUUUUGCCCUAUUUCUAGAAACAGGGCCGUGCCCCACACUUCACAAGCAUAGGAUGCGAAUACCACGUUUGAAGUACACUACGCGUACAGCUGUGUAUUCUGUUGCCAUGCUCUCAUUUAGAACUGACGCUAUGCUGAGCCUCGGAUAGGGCAAGAACUCUGCGUACGGCUAACUUCUAUUUACUUUUUCUAAACACUAGGGAAGUUUCGCGUUUCAACACUAUUGUAUUGCCAGCGGUAACGCGGAUGUGAGAACUUCACUUUACCUUGUGCACUAGAGAAGACUCGAUCAUGCAAUAUUUUCUUCUUUUUUUCUUUUUCUUCCAGUGGCGGAUCCAGGAGGGGUUCCAGGGGUUCUGCGGACUACCUAAAUUUCGUAAAUGUACUACUGGCAACCAUAUGCGUGUACGUGUACAUGUAUCAGCUAUUCAGUUUUGACUAUACUGGAACCCCCCCUGUAAAGAUCGCUGGAUCCGCCGCUGCCUUCUUCUUCUUUUAGGAUCAACUCGCUGCCGUUAUCAAUCAUAAUCUGAAUGUUGCAUUGUGUCAUUGAUCAGAGGCCGUGCCGUUCGCCUUCUUUUGCUAUAAUUUCCGCCAACACCACAGCUAGCCAUAGCUCCUCAGUGUCUGCUCCAGCGCCGGGUGAGCCGGGUAAUCCACCCGGUUGGGCGGCGCUUGGAUCCGGUUGAAAAUAUACUACCGGGUCACCUGUGACCCGGUUGGUACUUUACA